AAACAAGCGAAGGCUUUUAAGUUCUGUUUACAGUCGAAUUAUUACCGACGACUUUAAAUUCCUUGACUGUUGUUGAUUGACCAAAUCUCCUUCGUAACGUCCUGAACGGCUGUGUAAAGCUUUGAGAAUUUUUUAGCUGUAGUCUGCUAGUCCGUUAAUGAUCAUGAGGUUUUCGCUACUGCCUUUAGGGCUGCUGUUGGGGAUUCUAGUGAUGGAGUGUUACGGUGAUCCUAAAUAUUAUUCAAGAAAGGGCUACAGACGUCGUCCAAGCUAUCGCCGUCGAUAUCAUACAGGGUGUAGCUAUCACCGCAAGCUAAAUUGCAUUGUUAGCCAAUGGCAUGCAUGGAGCUCAUGUACCGAAGACUGUGGUUCCACAGGAGUAAGAAACCGUGCAAGACUUGUCAUUCGUCCAGCCAAGUGUAAUGGUACACCAUGCCCUUCUCUCACACAACAACAACCUUGCAACRGAAAAUGCUACAAUGGUGGUACACCCAGACCUGGUAUUUGUUCUUGCCGAUAUGGCUAUAGUGGAAAGUGUUGUGAAAAGGGCACUGGAGGCGACAAAGAAGGAUUCUGCUUUUCCAAACCAGAUGGUGUGUACGGAAAUCCAAAGGACUGCACGUCAUUCUAUCAUUGUGCUCACGGCCAAACCCAUUUGAAGGACUGUACUCAUGGCCUUCACUGGAACGAUAAAGCAAAGACUUGUGACUGGCCGGAAGAUGCUAAGUGCGGCAAAGUGGACGGUAGCUUUGGUAAAUGGACCGCCUGGAGUAAAUGCAGUGCUACUYGUGGAAAAGGAAGGCAGUUCAGGUUAAGAAGAUGUAACAAUCCGCCUCCUAGCAACGGAGGAGCGGAUUGCCAUGGUAGUGCGAUGGAAAUGAGAGACUGCAUUCUCAAGCAUUGUGCAGGCAACUGUAGGUGGAAGGAGUGGAGUUCUUGGUCACAGUGCAGUGCAAAAUGUGGCUGUGGCUCAAAGAAGCGACGUCGUCAAUGCUCAUGUGAUAAUGACGGUAGUUAUACGAAGCGCGGUUAUUCUGGCAACAAUGAGCAUUGUCAAGGCAAGGGUGAAGAAGAGGUAGAUUGUAACUGUCACAAAUGUCCUGAUGGGAAUGUCAACACAGAAUCCGUUGGUUGUUUCUGUGACAAGAACGCACCCAAUCGURCACUGCCAAAUUUCGUGGCCAAGUUCCACGGCAGUACGUCAGCCAAGGAUAAAAUCAGUGCAUGUGCUCACCUGGCGCAAACACUGAAAGUGGAGUAUUUUGGUAUGCAGGAUGGGGGAGAAUGCUGGGUAGACAGAAGCGGCGUUAAUGCUUACAGCAAGCAUGGACGGUGUACCAACUGCAAAGAUGGAAUUGGUGGACAAUGGGCAAAUUAUGUGUACAAGAUUGUCCAAUAGAUAGUUCUCAGUCUUUGUGCACUUGUGCAACAAGUUUUCUUUCAUGUUUCAAGGGAGUUUAGUUUACAUUAAAGUGUGAAGAACCUUGC